GGUUGAAUUUACUUCCCAACGUUACCAUAGUAGCUAUUGCGCCGUAUUUUAACUAUGAGUAAUGCCAGGCCAACCAAGAGUCAUUGUUUCACGUCUUAUUUGCAACGUAGUUACAUAAAAUGAUAAACAUCAAAACAUUUCUUAGUUAUUAUGUAGCAAUAAAAUCCUAAAAAUUUAGUUCCGACAGUCUUGUUGCCAGGUUCUUGAUAAUUUAGCUGCAAUGGGUGUUCCCAAGUUUUAUGGAUGGAUUCGCAAGAGGUAUCCUACAAUCAUUGAAGAUGUCAGACCUGAUCAGGUUCCUGAUUUUGAUAAUUUGUACUUGGACAUGAAUGGCAUCAUACACUCGUGCUCUCAUCCAGAUGAGACUGAUCCUUGCUUCAGGAUCACUGAAGACCAGAUAUUCAAAGAUAUAUUACAUUACAUUGAGUCUCUGUUCUGCAUGAUACGCCCCAAGAAAGUGUUUUUCCUGGCUAUUGACGGCAUUGCUCCUAGAGCCAAGUUGGGCACGAUGAGAGAUGGAAGAUUUUCCCGUGGUAAAGCUGAUGAAAAAUCAAGAACUACAGCCAUCGAAAAGGGCAAAAUUUUGCCCCCAGGAGAGCCCUUUGAUCGGAACUGCAUCAGCCCCGGCACAGAGUUCAUGGAUCGCCUGGACCAACAAUUUCAGAAUUUUAUCACCUCAAAAGUCUCCAAUGAUCCUUCAUGGCAGUCGUGUACAGUCAUCUAUUCUGGGCAUCAGACUCCAGGAGAAGGUGAGCACAAAAUCAUGGACUACAUCAGGUAUCACCGCAGCCAGCCAGGCUACGAUCCUCAUACGCGCCACUGCCUCUACGGCCUCGAUGCUGACCUCAUCAUGCUGGGCCUCGCCUCACAUGAGCCUCACAUUGCCCUGCUCAGGGAGGAGGUGUGUAUACAUCACAUGCCUCAUCAUGCUGGGCCUCGCCUCACAUGAACCUCA